UAUUCUGGAUGGUUAAAAAUUACGAAACUAUAUGCGAUAAAAUGAUAUCAUUCAUUCAUUCAAACGUAACGUUCUAAAUUUUCAACCUGUGAUAAAAAAAUCUCUAAGAGGAUGAUGACGAUGAUCGAAGUUUCUGAAACAGUACACUUUAUUUUUCAACCUUUGGGAUUUGCUCUGUUUAAUCUCCAAAUAUAGAUGAAAAUAGCUUCUAGUACUUCUAUAUUUGGAAGCGGCAACAGUAACGGUCUAAUUACCAUGUAAUGGACAUUUAUAUAAAUAUAACCCAGUAACACCUUCACGUGUUCCAAUUUGUUCCAUAAGCCUCAAGACUCAACAAAAUCAGUUAAUAAUUAAAAAAAACAUUGCCCUCGUUCAGUCUAAAUGGGGAGAAACCAAGGCUGGUGCUUGUUUGUGGCGGCGGCUGUGGUCGCAGCAUUGUUACCAGCACCAACCAUGGCGGGUCGUCUAGAGCUAAAGAACGAAAUCUCGGGGGUGACUGGUGUCCGGAAAUUGAAGCUGGCCGUGCGGUGCUGGUCGAACGAGGACGCCCUAGGGUGGGAUACGCUAAAGCCAAUGCAAUCACGGGUAUGGAAGUUCACGACAAUGAACAUGUGGCCUUUCCAGAAAACCGAGUUCCGGUGCCAGUUUCGUAGCGGGUUUGGAACAACGAGCCAAGACGUUGUGACAGUGUUCUCUGUCCAGAGCGGGUUCAGGAAAGAAUGUGGAGACGGAGGCGACGAGUGCAUUUGGGUGGCGAAGAGAGAUGGUUUCUAUCAGAGAAGGAUCGUAAGGAAUGAUAAUGGUCGUAAGAGCUUUGUUGAUAUACUCAAAAGCAAAUGGGUUUGGAAAUGGUGAUUAAUUCAAUACUUCUAUACGAUUUUUAAUCAAAAACAUUCAUUAUACGGGUUAAAUCCACGUGAUAACAUAGUUAUAGCAUGGCUAUAACCACUAAACUACAUGUUUAGAUCUUACCAAUCAAUAUUUUUAUUCAUUUUCUUACCUCUUUUUGUUAGACUAGGACGUUAGUUUAUUGACACAGAUAUACAUAUGGUUAUAUAGAUACACACACAUAAGUAUACAUGAAAAUUUACGAUACUAAAGAGAAAGCCGUAAAUAUUUCAUUAUUUCUUAUAUUACAA